UAACAAAUCCAAGAACACAACGGGGUUUGGCAAAUAUUAACACUAGUCAACGCAACACCGUGGAGAAAAUACUCAAGACUUACUGUUCACUCGUCUUUACUACUGUCGUGCCAAUUUAGUCACAGUACAGCUAUAUUGUAACAAGUAUUCGAUUGAAUUUUGAUUAUCGAUUUUAAAUUAUGCAUCUCAAGAGCGCCCUUAUUGUCUGCGCGGUGUUCUUCCUAUCGUCGGCCUGGGGUGAAGGUCUGACCCUAGAGCAAAUAGAAACGUUUGUUACUUUUUACAAAGCACAUUUUCGUGAAAAUAUCAACACCUUUAGUCUUGAGGAGGGCGAAGAAUUGUUCCAACAGCUUGGUAUAAAUACCAUGAGAGAUAGUUUGAAAGCGAAAUUCAUAGAUAAAAAACCCGCUCGAGAAUUGCUGAUGGCUUCAAUACUAGUCGCGGUACAGGAUACGAAGUUCGAGGAAAAUGAAUCAAGGAUGCGGUUUGAUCGAGCCGAGGUCGAACAAUCCUUACACGUAUUCGGAACAAUGGACCCUGGCGGCACUGGUCUAAUUACCCCUGAUGAGUAUGCCGACUAUGUGAAGGCGCUUAAAACCUUAGUUGCUGUCCAGGAAAUUCAUCAUCCAGAGAGGGCAGAAAAAACCAGACAAGCAAAGGAAGUUUUAAACAAAUUCGAUGGUGUUACAUCUUUAAACUUGGCGGAAUUUAUACACAUCGCAAUGUGCCUCACAGACCAUCUGGUAUUAAAGCCUACGCCAGGACAAUGAUACAAAUUCCGACGACGAAGAUACUUAUCAGGCGGAAACCCUGCGGCUAUCUUCUGUACCUAAGCCACUUAAUUUUAACUAACAACGUUAAACCAUAUUAAUCGGAAUUGUUCAAUAACCAUAAUAAUAAUAAUAAUAAUAAUAAUUUAAAUAUUUGUACGCAUUCGUCAAUAAUUAUUGAAAUAUUACGCCCCUCGGUGUCUAAUAAAAAAAACAAAAUUAUUAUCUGAUUUCUAUUAAUUAAAAAUUACAAACAAUAAAAUAAUUUCAG